AUGGCGCUGGCGCGAGCGCCGUGUUGGGCGCUGGGAGCGCCAGACAGGGCGGUGGCACCGGUAGGAGGCCCCUCUGGCUUUGAGGAUGCUAACAUUCCCUUUGGUCCUGUGGAAGCAAAUGGUAGACCGAUGCUGAGUAUCGAUGAUCGUUUGGAGGAUGACAGGCAUCCGCUUCCCUUGACAGCUGCUGAUGCAGUUGCAACCAAUGGUGUGAACCCGUGGAAUUGGAGAGACACCUCUACUAAUGGUGGAGAUAACCAUGGCAGUUUUGGUGGGAGAGUCAUUUUAGUGAAGUGGGGUGAUUACACUAAAAGGAUUGGAAUUGAUGGUACUCCUGAAGCAAUUAAGGAAGCCAUCAAAUCAGCAUUUGGAUUAAGAACAAGGCGUGCUUUCUGGCUUGAAGAUGAAGAUGAGGUUGUUCGAGCCUUGGACAGGGACAUGCCAGUUGGAACUUACACACUUAAUCUUGAUGAUGGGAUGACAAUCAAACUCUGUGAUGGAAACCGCAUGCAGACCCCAGAAGACAAGGGAAGGGGCUGCGGUCGCUUGGUGAUUGAUUUUUGCAUCAUCUACCUUGGCAAGGCAUCGUGUCGAAGUGGAAUUGCUAGCACUGCCAUUUAG